CUCCCUCCCUCCCCAUCCGCCUGAGCCGCUACAGGAGAGGAGAGAGAGGGAGAGGAGUGCGGCUGAAUGUGAACGACAUGUCGACAGUCAGCCUCUAAAGUGUUUUCUCGGUCGUUCCCUAAUUCUUUGGCGGCGGACUGAGUGAGUAUUACCCGCAUCCCUGCUCUGCUAAGCGUCGCUGUGUGGAUCAGAGAGGCUGGUGGGGAGACACAGACAAUGGGGAAUGCAAUUGGAAUGCGUUACUCUGCCAAGGAUUUUCAUACAUAGCCUGGUAAAUGUCUUAAUAGGUUCUGUUAAUGACUCUGCUGUUUAAUUGGUCAUGCUUCAAUUCUGCAAACUAUUACAAUGUGUGUGCUGUAAUGUUGGGGGCUAAUUGAUUUUCUUGGAGGGCUGUGGGUUAUCCAGGCUGAUAGCCCCAUACAUUUAAUCUGUGAUGCUGCUGCUCGUCUGAUAGUGCGGGUCUGUGUUGGGAGCAGGGGCCCAUGUAAAAGCCAGUGGGAAGCUCGGUGAGGCUCUGUGUGUUCUGACGGACAGAGAGGACGGAGAGGUAGACACUGGAAUUAUGUGACAUGAAUAAAAUGGUGAGGAAUAAGCAGUGACCGUCAUCUCUGGUCCGCUUGCGUCAGUGUGCAGGUCUAGAGGAGAGAGGAGAGUAAAAAAAACAAAAAACAACUCAAGAGUCAGAGAGACUCAAGAGAGAUAGGGAGGGAAAGCCACACCUGUCAGGCCUGUUUUCAGAUGGACAUGACAGACAGACAGACAGACGGACAGAGUUUUGAAUUGUGCUGUGCUGUCAUCACUCAACACAUAAGUCCUUUCCUUUCUUGUUACCAUAAUGAUGCAGAGCUGUGCCGACUGCUGACUAGUCCACUCGGCUGAUUGAAGAAAGCGGCUUGAGUGUGGACUGUGUUUCUUCUCGUUAAGGAGAGAUGGCCAUCCACCAAAGCAAAAUAUAACAGGAGGGAUCCCAGUGGUCUAUCUGGACUCAGUAUUGAUCUCCUCCCUAUGAGCUUCGGGCCCAGCAAUAAGCAUUUUGUUUUGACGAAUACAAAGACCUACUGUGACUGUGAAUGGGUUGUAUUAUGUAUAGUAUUCCAAUUUGUCAAACACUAUUGACCAUGUUGGCCUAGAUUCUUUUUCAUGUGUGAAGUCUACAUGGUCCAAAUGGGUGGAUUGUCCUCACAUUACGAGGAAAAAAACAUGCUUUUCCUUCCUUAUCCUUGUGUUUUUGUUGUAGGAUUGUCCAGCAGUAUUGCAGCAUUGUUAUGAAAGCACACACUCAUCCACACGUUACCUGGUUCCGCACUUGGCAAGGAAAGCACACCUUUUUUUGGAUAUGGUUUGACCUUUCUCACAUUGUUUUCAACACACACACACACACACACACACACACACACAUGUAACUUGGCUCUGGCGCUGUUUCUCAGCGAUGCAGGCAUACACUGUGUGCAGGGCGAGAGGAUGGCUUUGAUGUAAUCAAUAUCAUAUUUCAGCUGGUUCACUGAAAGCUCUCGUCCUGAGUGGCAGCCUUGACUGACUUCUACUGCUUAUGCAAUCCCACUCCUCUCACCCACCUCACCCUUUCCCUCAUCCUUUGCACCUUCACUUUGCCCAUUACUCUUCCUUUAUCUGUCUGUCUCUCCUUUGCGCCAUUCCUUCACAUUCUCAUUCCCAUUUUCCUCCUCCUCCUCCUCCUGCUCUCACUUCCACCUUUCCCUUCAUCUCUCCCCGUCAUAAUCAUCUCUGUGAUUGCUCUUCCUCUCCCGGGCGGUGAUGUUUUCACCGCUGCCUCCUUGUCUAACUCGCUGAUGCUAGAUUAUUGCUGUAUGAUUACAGCUACCAUGCCAUGAUGAUCAUUAUUGCAUUUCGCAUGGCAGUGUUCAACACUAUACGAGCAGAUCGAGAUGCUUCAUCCAAUUUAGAUCUCAUUAAGACUUGAGAGGAAAUAUCCCCUCGCAAGACUCACAUCUCAGCUGUUUUUUUUGUUUUUGUUUUUUCAUUUGUUUCAAGGGCUGCUGCAACUCUGUUCUCAAUCUGUUGUGAUAGCUGUGCCAUCCUCAUCAUCCCCACCAUCACCAUCACCCUCAUCAUCAGUUCAUGUUCCUGUCUGUCAUCGCGCUGCCUUCACAUCAGCCCUUUUGAACAUUUUGAGGAGUUUGGAUUUGCAGCGAUGCUUUCACUCCAAUGUCAUUAACCACAAUAAUGUUUAUGACAGGACUCGAUGGCUGUUGAUAAUCUAACAUAUUCUGCUGAUUGAUUAUAUGUUUUGUUUUUCGUGCCGCAUCCCUCUGUUGUCUGAUUGCCAUUCAUCUUAUUAAAUGGAGCAGUUCAUUAGACAGAAGCAUUAUGAGUUUGAUUUGCAUCGGCCCAUAUUCUUAUUGCAUACAUUAAGAAAACACAUGCGUGACAUUUCAGCUUCACCGGGCAUUUGAGAGUACCGAUGAAUAUAUUCAUCACAAGCCCCCCCCCCACACACACACACACACACACACACACACACACACACACACACACACACACACACUUGUCCAAUCCAAAAAGCCACUCUGCAAAUUAUAAAAUGUGAUUCACAGGUGAACUAGCCCACGUGUUUGCCUUUGUUUUGCAUUUUCAAUGUCAGUAUUUCAAUAAUUCAAAAGCGACGUAGCUGCCGAGCUACUGUUCAUCACGUUGUUUUUAAAUCAAUAUUCCCUGCUUUUGUGAACCCUGUAAAUCCAAAGCCUUGUUUUCCUGUGCUGGAUGCAUCCUACAUAUGUUUACCAUGGUUCUGCUCAUAUCACUGCAUAUACUGUGGCCUCCAGUUGGCCUAUACAUCAUUAUUCCAGUGUAAUGUAAUCCUUUCCCCGUGGCGCUGCAGUCUGUGUGAUUUAACUUUUAUUUUCUGACUGCUUUAGUAUGCUUGUGAUGUAUCAUCAAUUUGAUUCAUCCUGAACUGACUUUUGCUGUUGCCUCCCUGGCUGUUUGCCCUCUUUUAAUAGUGUGUGUGUGUGCCUGUGUGUAUGUGUCUGUGUGUGUGUGUGUGUGUGUGUGUGUGUGCUUGUGUGACUGUAUGCAUGUACCGUAUGUGCCGUGCCUCUCCGCGCAGUGCGGUGAAGGGCCGAUGCCGGGCUGUAGCCCCAGGCUGCUGAGCUGAGAGGGAGAAGCAGGAGGAUGCAGUGGGUCACUCUGGCAGUGGCCCUGGGGUGUGUGUGUCUGUCCCGGGCGUCGCACACCCCCACCCCUACCCCCACCUCCACACACACCCCUCUAGUGGACAACUCCAAGGAGGAAGUGGACGAGCCGUGCUUCGAGCCGUGCACGUGCGAGGUCAAAGAAGGCGUCCUGCACGUGCACUGCGAUGGGCGGAGCUUCACUAAUGUCAGCCAGGUGUCACAGUCAUGGGUCCGCCCUUUCAAACUCAACCUACAGAGGAACUCUCUGAGGCGUCUCUAUAGCAACGGGUUUCAGCACCUUGGCAACGCAGUGUCGAUAAACCUUGGCAACAAUGCACUCCAGGACAUCAGAGUGGGAGCUUUCAACGGGUUGGCCAAACUCAGACGCCUGUACCUCCACGAGAACAAGCUGGACGUCUUCAAAAAUGACACCUUUGCUGGCUUAGAGGCUCUGGAAUACCUCCAGGCUGACUACAACGUGAUCAAACGAAUCGACAGCGGUGCUCUGAGGUUCCUCUACAAGCUCCGGGUUCUCAUCCUCAACGACAACCUGAUCCCUGUCUUGCCUGCUCAUCUGUUCAGAUCUGUGUCUCUGACUCAUCUGGACCUGCGGGGAAACCGUCUGAAGAGCCUGGCAUAUGCUGGGACCCUGGAGUAUGUUGGUCGUUCCCUAAUGGAGCUACAGCUGGAGGAGAAUCCCUGGAACUGUGGCUGCGAGGCAGUGCAGUUACAGCAGUGGCUGGGUCAGAUCCCCUACACGGCUGUAGUCGGGGACGUUACCUGCGAAUAUCCCUUCCACCUUCACGGCAAGGAUCUGAGGGAAAUUCCCCGCAAGGAGCUGUGUGCUAACCUCCCGGAUAAAGAGCUUCAAGCAGAGGGUGGUGGUGGUCCAUCAGCAGGAUCACAGCCCCAACAUUUGCCCCCAAACUCUAAACCCAACUCCCACCCUGGGCGAGUCAGGCCGACUAAACCCUCCUCCAUGGUUCACGGCUCCCGCCAGAACACUCACACCUCCUCCACUUCUUCGUCCUCUUCCUCGGCAGAACGUAAAGACAGGGAGAGGCAACUGAGGCCGACUAAAAGGCCACGACCAUCCAGAAUAUCUCCCACACCUCGCAGUCUGAUGCCCAACCAGAAUCCCCCUGUGGCCGGCUACCAAACGCGUCCCCCUAUCCCCAUAAUUUGCCCCCUGGGCUGCACUUGCAACCUGCACAUCACAGACCUGGGCCUGACCGUCAACUGCAAGGAGAACGGCUUCCUCAAUGUGUCCCAGCUCACACCUCGGCCCCUCAACGGCCGCAAGCUGUACCUGAGUGGAAACUUAAUCCAGAGGAUCUACAGCACAGACUUCUGGAAUUUCUCCAGCCUUGACCUGCUUCACCUGGGGAACAACCGCAUCUCGUACCUCCAGGAGGGGGCCUUCACCAGCCUCACAAGCCUGAGGAGCCUCUACUUGAACGGGAACAACCUGGAGAGGCUCAGUCCCCACAUGUUCCUGGGGCUGCAAAAUCUGAGGUACCUUUACUUUGAGUACAACGAGAUCCAUGAGGUAAAUCCCGGGACCUUCGACUCCAUGCCAACUCUCCAGCUGUUGUUCCUCAACGCCAACCUGCUACGGAGCCUCCCUCUCGGCGUGUUUGCUGGCGUUAACCUGGCUCGACUCAAUCUAAGAAACAACCACCUUCUGCAGCUCCCUAUGGAGGGCGUGCUGGAGCACCUCACCGGACUGGUUCAGGUGGACCUGCAGCAGAACCCGUGGGAGUGCCACUGUGAUGCAGCUCCACUGAAGCGUUGGCUCGAGGGGCUCAGUGCUGUGGUGGUGGUGGGAGAGGUGGUCUGCCAUUCCCCAGACAAGACCAAAGGAGUGGACCUCCGCUCCCUCUCCAUGGAGCUGCUCUGCCCUGAGCUGGAGCCCCAGGAGGACCAGGAGCAGGAGGAGCAGACGGCCACCUCCACGGCUGCAGACAGCGGCGUGUCGGUUGGCUACCCCGGCUCAGGUCUGGGCCCCCUGAUCCCUCCAGGGAAGGAUUCAAUCCCGCUGUCGGUGUUAGUGCUCAGCCUGCUGGUGUUGUUUGUGUCUGCAUUCUUCGCGGCAGCGGCACUAAUCGCCUACGCCCUGAGGAGGAGGGACAAGCUGCCGUUCCGUCGCCAGGGAGAGGUAGACUUGGCGGGCAUCCAGAUGGAGUGUGGAAUCUUCACCGAGCAGACGCACCACCACCACCAUCACCAUCACCACGGCCUCCCAGAGACUCCGCCCCCUCCUCCGGCCGAACACAACCACGUGUACGACACCAUCUUGCCCCCGGAGGCCGCGUCAAAAGGCCCCAAGCCCGCCGCGGCCCCGCACAUGUGUAGCAACCCAAUCUACAAAGAGGAGCAGGAUGCAGCCGUGAAGCAGCGGCCGCAGCAGUCGUUUGUAGCUUCCAAAGAGAGCGAGGGUGGAUACUGCUCUGCAGCAGAGAAGGAGAGGGAGUGGACUCUGGACGUGUCCUCAUCCCCCAUCAAUACCAUCACAGGAGCAAUGGGACCGCUCCCCGGCCUCCACGGGAACGGCAUCCUUUGCCCAACAGUGAUCGACAGCCAGGGCCCAACCCCAAAGGUCGAACUGGUGGACUGCCUCUUCAGACUCCCUGCCCCAGAGUUCAGAGACCUGCCAGACAGGUACGCGAGGCCACCGCCCCGCUACCCUCACCCCCAAGACUCCAAACAGGACGCCAGACCCGACCAAACGCUCGUGGUCAGCACCGCCAGCUCCACAGUAGGCGGUAGUAACAGCAGCCAGAGCGAGCACGGAGCAGGGGAGCAAAGAGCCAGACUGAGGACCACACCAGACUACAUGGAGGUGCUGGACCGGUCUUACCAGUUUUAACACUCCCCCUCUUCCUCCUCCUCCUCUUCCUACUUCUCUUGUCUCCUCAUCAUCUCCCUCUCUGGUGAUGAAUCAUCCAGUAACAAUGACUCCUGUGGCUUUGAGAGGAGCCUGUGGGGGAGCGGGACUACACUACACACAUGUUUAUUCCUGGAUAACGAGCUGAGGUCAGUUUUUGUAUUUCCCCCACUACUGGCGUAUAGGUUGGUAUUUGGCAAGGAUUAGCUGAUCCCAGAUCUCUGCCUGGAGGCGAAACUUCAGCUGCAGCUCCCACCGAUUUUCUUUUUCCCUCUAUUACGCCUCACAAUCGAAAAGUACUGAGGCUCCAUUUUUCUACUCAGCGCCACAAUGAGCAGGAGACAGUGUGGCGGUGGUGGGCGUCAGUAUUCAUAUUAUCAGCUCUUUGCAACAUCGAACACAGAGUCAUAAACUGCGACAGCCAGAGGGUGUGGAGCAAACUGGGUGGACGUGUAAGAUGGAGACAGAAACAAAGCGAGAGGGAGAUAAAUGACUGAAAACAGCCAAGUGCCUUAGCAAUGAACAGCCAGCAGUGUGGUCAAUGCUUAUUUUUCUAUGAAUACAGAUCUAUUUAUCUAAACAAAGAGGUUUGACUACCAACGGAUGGGAUGCUGAUGGACGACUGAGACUGAAACCAAUCAAAGCCGCCGAAUAAUUGCAUUCCCUGGAUGAGCCAAAAAUAAUAAUAUACCCAGUCAAUAUUGGAGUUGUUUGUAUGCAGUUCAGUUCAUUUUCAUCUCAUCCAGUUAACUUAAUUUGCUUAUCCAGUGGAAUUGUCACAGGGCUAGAUGGGGGACAUAUCCAGGAACGGCUGGUUGAUGUGUGAAAUGAUGAAAAGGUUCUGGUUAUAU